AAAACCACACCAAGGGCACUGGAGUCACACAGAUUAGCUAUACAAGCCUGAGUUCAGAGGAAUUUCACUGCCUCACUGACAGAAAGCAAAGUCACAGCUUUCCUCUGCCUGACUGGAUUAUACUGACUCUGCUCUGACAGUGCUGUUGAGAGAUGGCUGAGGCGCAUCAGGCGGUGGGCUUCCAGUUCACUGUGCGUCCUGAUGGUGUGGACAUCAAACUGAGCGAGGAGGUCAUCAAGAACAUCUACCUGUCUGGAGUCACAGCAUGGAAGAAGAGAGCCAUUCAAUUCAAGAAUGGUGUGUUGGCUGGAGUAUAUCCUGCUAGUCCGUCCAGUUGGCUGAUAGUUGUGAUCGCCAUGAUGAGUUCCUUGUAUAUCCGCAUAGACCCCUCUCUAGGAAUGAUUGACGCCAUCAAGGAAAACCUACCACACAGAGACUAUGUAUCGGUGCAGACCCGAGCGGUGCUGAGUGCCAUCCUGUUUGCCACUGGACUCUGGCUGUUCCUCAUCUACCUCCUGAGAUACACUCUCAAAGUCCUGCUCUCCUACCACGGAUGGAUUUUUGAAUCCCAUGGGAAGAUGAGGACAUCUACCAAAGUGUGGCUGAGCCUGGUGAAGAUGUUCUCUGGGCGCAGGCCACUGCUCUACAGUUUCCAGGCCUCCUUACCCAGGCUCCCUGUGCCCAGUGUGGAUGAUACAAUUCGCAGGUACCUGGAGUCGGUCCAUUCCCUGCUGGACAGAGAACAGUACAACCACAUGGAGAUGUUGGCCAAUGACUUUAUAGACUCUAAAGCAGCCCAGCUACAGAGAUGUCUGAUCCUAAAAUCCUGGUGGGAGACAAAUUAUGUAAGUGACUGGUGGGAGGAGUACAUCUACCUCAGGGGCAGGAGUCCCAUCAUGGUGAACAGCAACUUCUAUAUAAUGGACCUCUUGUACGUGACCCCGACACACCGACAGGCUGCCCGGGCAGGGAACGUGGUUCACGCCAUGCUGCAGUACAGACGCAAACUAGAACGUGGUGAACACGCACCGCUGAGGGCUUUGGGAACCGUCCCUAUGUGUUCCACACAGAUGGAAAGGAUGUUUAACACCACCCGCAUCCCUGGGAUUGAAACCGAUAUUGUUCAGCACCUGACUGACCGUAAGCACCUGGUUGUCUACCACAAGGGCCGCUUCUUCCAGUUGUGGCUGUACACUGGAGGGCGCCACCUCUUACCCAGUGAACUUGAGACACAGUUUCAAAGGAUCCUCAAUGAUACAUCAGAACCGCAGCCAGGAGAACUCAAAUUAGCUGCCCUGACUGCAGGAAACAGGGUUCCAUGGGCUCGGGCUCGGAUUAAAUAUUUCAGCCAAGGAGGAAACAAAUUGUCCCUGGACGCCAUUGAGUCAGCUGCCUUCUUCCUGACACUAGAUGAGGAGCCGCAGGGUUACGACCCUGCAAAGACCAAAUCACUUGACAGUUACGCCAAGUCCCUGCUUCAUGGAAAAUGCUACGACAGGUGGUUUGACAAGUCUUUCACCUUGAUCUCUUAUCCAAAUGGAAAAAUGGGUAUAAAUGCUGAGCAUUCUUGGGCUGAUGCACCAGUUGUAGGACAUAUGUGGGAGUAUGUCCUUGCAACAGACUGCUUCCAUCUCGGCUACACGGAGGAGGGACACUGUAAAGGGGACGUGAACAAAGGCCUGCCUCAUCCCACUCGACUACAGUGGCAGAUUCCAAAGGAGUGCCAACACGCCAUUGAGACUUCGUACCUGUCAGCCAAGCAGAUAGCUGAUGACGUGGACUUCCACGGCUAUCUGUUUAAUGAGUUUGGGAAGGGACUGAUCAAGAAGUGCAGGUGCAGCCCCGAUGCCUUUAUUCAGCUGGCUCUGCAGCUGGCACAGUUCAGGGACCAGGGAGUGUUCUGUUUGACGUACGAGUCCUCGAUGACUCGUAUGUUCAGAGAUGGUCGGACAGAGACGGUGCGCUCCUGCACUUCUGAGGCUGUUGCAUUCGUCAGAGCCAUGGAGGACGCAGGUGCAACAAACGCCCAGAGACUUGCCCUGUUUCGGAAGGCAGCAGAUAAGCAUCAGAACAUGUACCGUCUGGCCAUGACUGGUUCUGGUAUCGACCGCCACCUCUUCUGCCUCUACAUAGUGUCCAAAUACAUCCGUGUGGACUCGCCAUUCCUGAAGAAGGUGCUUUCGGAGCCCUGGAAGUUGUCCACCAGCCAGACUCCACAGCAGCAGCUCAAUUUAAUUGACAUCAACAAGUUCCCGAAAUAUGUCAGUGCCGGUGGUGGAUUUGGCCCAGUGGCGGAUGAUGGUUACGGCGUGUCUUAUAUCAUUGUUGGGGAAAACCUCAUCACAUUCCACAUCUCCUGCAAGUUCUCCAGCCCUGACACAGACUCGUUCCGGUUUAGUCAGCACAUUUGUAAGGCCAUGGUGGAUAUCCAAGCGCUUUUCAAACAGCAUGAAAACGAUAAGAAGACGGUUGAGAACGCAAAGCAUGUACAGUGGGAAAAUGGGAAAAAGCACAUAUAACAGACCGUGUGGGGUUGUACUGUAUGCUGGAUUUGGCUCACAUGCAAGUUCUGGUGACAGGUUGCACUGCUGACCUUUUUGGUCACAUGAUAAGAGCUGGUCAUUCCACUCAGUCAGACCAGUUGUUACUUCUCUAAUUUAUUUCUUUAUUUUAUAUUGUACCUUCCAGAGCGGUGUUGUUUUGGUGCUGAGGGAAAGAUGUAAUCUUUAAUAAUUUUGCGAUGGUUGUUUCUCCCUCCUUUUUGUCAGUUUAUGCCACAGAAUGUAUAUAAAGCUAAAGUAAUAAAUCUAAAUAGAAUCUUUA